AUGUUAAGAAUCGUCAGGUCAGCUCCAACCAUCACUAGAUGCAAUCUGCUAAGAUUGUACUCUUCGUACCCUUCUUAUUCUAUCAUCAAUAUGCCUGCCCUAUCUCCAACCAUGACCCAUGGUAAUUUGGCUUCUUGGACUAAAAAAGAAGGUGAACAAUUGUCCGUUGGUGAUGUGAUAGCUGAAGUCGAAACUGAUAAAGCCACAAUGGAUUUUGAAUUUCAAGAUGAUGGUUAUUUAGCUAAGAUUUUGGUUAAUCAAGGUGCCAAAGAUGUCCCAGUUAAUAAGCCAAUUGCAAUUUACGUAGAAGAUGAAGCUGAUGUACAGGCUUUCAAAGAUUUUAAAUUACCUGCUAAUGAAUCAGAAACAGCCCCUACUCCUGCUGACUCCACCCCUGCUGCUACACCUAGCGCUAGCGAAACUGUUGUAGAACAACAAGUGGCUAAGCAAACAACACCUUCAAGGCAAUCUGCUCCUGCUACAGGAACAAGAAUUUUAGCAUCUCCUUUGGCAAAGGCAAUGGCUUUGGAAAACGGAAUUGCAUUGAAAAACGUCACUGGUACAGGACCAAGUGGUAGAAUUGUCAAGAAAGACAUCGAAGAAUACUUAAAAUCUGGUCAAGGUGCUACCUCAUCAGUUUCAGCAGCAACCACUGCCAGUACCGCUGCCCCAGCAGUCGCUGGAGGAGUAUCUGCUUCUGCUUCUGUUAACUCAACAAUUGCUCAAAUGAUUGCAGCUUCAAACCCAUACACUGAUACCGAAAUUUCAAACAUGAGAAAUAUCAUAGGCUCUCGUCUAUUGGAAUCUACUCAAACAAUUCCAUCUUAUAUCGUUUCUUCUGAUAUUUCUGUCACUAAAUUAUUGAGAUUAAGACAAUCUCUAAAUAAUGAUCCAGCAAACAAGAAUAAUGAUUACAAAUUAUCCAUAAAUGACAUUUUAGUGAAAGCUAUCUCUUUAGCAGUCAAGAGAGUCCCAGAAGUUAACACAUGUUGGCUAGAAAAGGAAAAUGUCAUUAGACAAUUCGAAAACGUAGACGUUUCUGUCGCUGUCGCCACUCCAACUGGUUUGAUCACUCCAAUAGUUAAGAACGUCAACUCUAAGGGUUUGGUUUCGAUCUCUAACGAAGUUAAAGAUCUAGUCAAACGUGCAAGAAUCAAUAAAUUAAACCCAGAAGAGUUCCAAGGUGGUACUAUCUGUAUUUCCAAUUUAGGUAUGAACAAUGCCGUUUCCAUGUUCACUUCUAUCAUUAAUCCUCCACAAUCUGCUAUUUUGGCUGUCGGUACUACCAAAAGAAUCCCAGUAGAAGAUGUCACCUCUAAGAACGGUUUCACUUUCAAUGAUGUCAUCACCAUCACAGGUACUUUUGAUCAUAGAACUAUUGAUGGUGCUAAAGGUGGGGAAUUCAUGCACGCUUUGAAGACUAUUAUCGAAAACCCAUUACAAUUAUUACUAUAA